AUUAUGCUUAGCUACAAAUUAUCGGUUUCCUUACACUCGCGCUUCUAUUUUUCACUUCAUAAGUUUGAGAGAAAAUCUCUCCCCGCCCAAAUAACCGUUUCAGGACAGUGAGUGGGAGGAAGGCUAUACACACAACUCCCAUAUGUAUGUAUCCAUAGACAGUGAAAAUGAAGAAGACAAUGGAAGGUGACGGUAUAGGUAAAGGUGGCGAGGGAAAACUCAUACUCUCUGCAUUUCUCUCCGUGCUCUGUUUCCUGCUCGUUGGAUCAGCGAUCAUCGUUGCCUCCAUCAGAGUCUCCGCUCUGAAAGAGAGCUUCGGCUCACUCAUACUGAUAGCUCCAGACCAGUACACGCCGGAACGCAACAUCAACAAUUACUUCUCCGUCCCGAUCCUGGAGUUGCAGACGAAGGUGGAGGGCGCAGGAAGCAGCUCUCUGUAUGAUCCAGCUCGAUCAGUUUCUGUCGUGGCGAAUUUGAUCAGCAGAAACGUUUCGAGACCUAUUGAAUCGCCUCCACGGAAACGAACAGCCAGUAAACCGCAGAAGGCGGAGGAAGGACUGGCAAGAGCACGAGAUGCGAUUAGGAAAGCAGCUUCAACUCGGAACCUCUCCAGUAGGACGGUCACCGGCGGUAUAUACCGUAAUCCCCAAGCAUUUCACCGGAGUUACCUGGAGAUGGAGAAGAGGUUCAAGGUAUUUGUAUACAAAGAAGGGGAUUUGCCAAUAGUGCAUGACGGGCCGUGCAAGAAUAUCUAUGCGAGUGAGGGAAGAUUUAUUAGUGAGAUGGAGCACGGGAGGAACAAGUUUAGGACGAGCAAUCCAUAUUCAGCACACGUCUAUUUCAUGCCUUUUAGUGUCACUUGGAUGGUCAAAUACCUUUACAAGCCUCUCACUUAUGAUGUUUCACCUCUUCAACAAUUCGUGUCAGAUUACGUUAGAGUCAUCUCCACCAAGCACCCUUUCUGGAAUCGAACUCAGGGUGCUGAUCAUUUCAUGCUCUCUUGCCAUGAUUGGGGUCCACAUGCAUCAAAAGGCAAUGCGAAUGUGUACAACAACUCUAUCAGGGUCUUAUGUAAUGCCAAUUCCUCAGAAGGGUUCAACCCACAAAAAGACGUUAGCCUACCAGAGAUCCAUCUUUAUACUGGAAACAUAUCACCCAAACUCAACCCUCUACCAACAGACCUCAAUCAUCACAUCCAAAGGCCCCACCUAGCCUUCUUUGCGGGUGGCCUCCACGGCCCCAUACGUCCAAUCCUCCUCCACUAUUGGAAAAAUCACCCUGACCCAGAAAUACAAGUCUAUGAAUACCUACCCAAGCACCUAGACUACUACACCUUGAUGUUACAAUCAAAGUUCUGUUUGUGUCCUAGUGGGCACGAAGUGGCCAGCCCAAGAGUAGUGGAGGCCAUUUACGCUGAAUGCAUCCCCGUCAUACUCUCACGUAACUAUGUCCUUCCCUUCAGUGAUGUGCUUAAUUGGGAUGCUUUCUCUCUACAUGUUGAGGUUUCAGAGAUCCCUAGGUUGAAGGAGAUAUUGUUGGGUGUAUCAGAAAGGGAGUAUUUGAGGCUUAAAGAAGGAGUUAAAGCUGUGAGGGUGCAUUUCGUGUUUAACAAGCCUGCUCAAAGGAUAAUUUGAUACGCCCCCUGCAAGAUGGCGGCUCAUGCUUUAUAUGUUAGUGUUUGUUUUCAUACGCCCCCGCAAGAUAGUGACUUGUGAGAGCAUACCAAUCUUGUACCCUGUGUGCUUGUUGUUCAGACUUAUAUGCAUCUAAUUGCUCGUUAGAAAUUUAAUCAGCUCUAAUACCAUAUUAGGAUUUGAGCUUUCAUCAGUAAAAAUCAACCUGAUAGAGGAAUAAUUUGAAUUUUAUAUUAGUUUUUGUUUUUAAGACAGCCAAUGUGGGAUAACUUAAUAUUAUAUAUGACCACAUUAGACUUAUUGUAAACAUUGAGCUUUGUAUGGUGUUUUUCCGUGAUACAAUCUAAUUUACAGUUCUGUCGAAAA